AUGUCAUGGUUUACUCCGCGCACACACACAAUUCACACCUCAAGACACAACCGACACCUUCCUCUCACACUCCAGCGCGUCACUAAUCUCCUCUCCAACACUUCACACUCCUCCCACUCGGCAGUCAUCAACACACAACUCACUGCAAACCUCAACCGCAUCUCCAUCUCCUUCCUCACAGUAGCCCAAUCCCCACAUACACAUCCUAUCUCCAUUCCACCACCCGCCCAGGCCAAAGAGUACCAUGCCGCCUGCCUGGCCCUGUCCCGUUUAAACCAGGGCUACUCCCAGUCCAGUCACAAACGCGGAGGCGCACGCACAGUCACUGCGGUCACCGCUGCCACGAGUGGGCUGUUGGUGCAGUCCAGUCAGUGGCAGAGUGAAAGCGCGCUCAUGCUCGAGAGGGAGAUGCAGAAGUUUGCGGAUCUGUACUUGGCUCCGAUACAGUCGCUGAUAGCCG